UAUCUUGCCGUUCUAGAAGGCUGACGUCAUUUAUAUCGCGGCGAGCGAGAGCGCAACGCACAUACAACUAGCAAGACAUUGUGAAAUGUGAACGGCCACCCACUGCUUGCAUAUCGCCUUGUACAACUAAUAAUUCACUUGAAAGUUGUGGCUUUAAACAGUUAGUCUAUUGACUUCUGCCAUACAUGUUGAAUCCAUUACUGCGCUAUUAAUUUUAUAAUUAGUGAUACUGGACAUUCAUUUCAAUGACAAUUGUUUCGACGAAUAUUAGUGCAAACAUAAAAAUGGCGGAUCCAGUAACAACAAAUCCAGAUGAUUUAGAAGAUGGCGAGAUUGAAAGUGAUGGGGAGGAGACAAAUGAAAUUACGAAUGAAAAUAAAAAAGAAGAGUCAGUGCCUGACGCUGAAGGUAAUAAAGAUCAAGAAAAAAUGGAGAAUCAAAAUUUUUAUCACUCAAAAUCAGGUAAGAAAAAGAAAUCCAAGUCGAACAAAAGUGAAAAAACAAAAGAUAAAAGUAAAAAGAGUCGUAAGUAUACAGAUUCUGUCGAGGAUGAUUUUGCUGGUAAUAUUGAGAAAGCUAUUAGAAAGGCCAUGAAUAAAGAUGAAGGAGGUGAAAAUCAAACUGAAGAGGAUGUUGAGGAAAGACGGAAGCGUAAAAAACGAAAGAAAUAUGACGGAAAAGAGGGUUCGAGCAAAAAACGCAAGAAACAAGAAUAUUCAGAUGAAAUGGACGAAAGUGAGAUGAUGUGUGUUAGGGGAGCUUCGCCUGUUCAGACCAAAUCCCCUGAUGAAAUGUACCAAGAUGAAGAACGAGAUUCGUAUGAUACUGAUAGCAGUCAAGAUUCUCGAGGUCAUCAAUCUCAUCGUCAGAGACAUAGGCCGCCUCAACGCGAAAGGAAUAAAAAUAAAAAUGAUAGAAGAAGAGGAGCACAUCCUAUGCAGGAUCCUGAUGGGGUUUGCUUAUAUUAUAUGCAAGGAAAAUGUCAUAAAGGCGAUGAUUGUAUUUAUUCUCAUGAUGCUCAACCGCCGAGAAAGAUGGAAUUAUGUAAAUUUUAUCUGAUGGACUGUUGUGCAAAAAGAGAUAAGUGUUUAUAUAUGCAUGCAGAUUUUCCAUGUAAAUAUUAUCAUACUGGGCUUCCUUGUAUAUAUAAAGACGAAUGUAAGUUCGCUCAUGGUAAACCACUAAACGAAAGUCUGAGAAAUAUAUUACUAAAACAUAUUGAAUCAGCCCCAAAAGAAAUAUUGGGAGAUUUUCCUAGACUAAAUAGAGAAGGAGCGCUGAAAAUGAUACAAACCACACAAUUGAAGUUAAUGCAACAAUAUUCAGAGAAUACUGAAAAUCAAGCAAGAAAUAUACCAUCUUUGUUUGAUUUAAAUAUACCCAAUCCACAAAAUAACUCAGAAAUUCAUAUGAAUCAAUUUAACAAUGAAAGAUCUGCAAAAAUAUCACCUAAAGUAAGACAGUCAAGGUGGCAAAACGAUAAUUCAAAUUUAAAUUCAUCUACUAGUGGUUCUGGGGGUAACACCAAUGUUUUAAGUAUUAAAAACUUAACUGGUGUGCUGACACCUCGACAAAUUUCUGACCUCACUAAAAUGGGUAUUGAAAAUCUAGACCAAUUAGGUCAAUUAACAGUAUUACAGUUAAAUAGUAUUGGAAUAUCUCUUAAACAAAUUACGGAAAUACAAUUAAACACUAUGAGCAUUCAAAAACUAGGUUUAAUUAAUAAUGUUGAACAACAGACACAGUUUGGAGGUCCUAAUACAAAAGAUUUGGACUUGCGUGUACCACCCGCAGCUCCUCCGUCUAGUACAUUAUCUAUUUCGUCAGAAUUACCUGGGCAAGAUAUUGAUAUGCGUUUUCAACCAAAUGUUGCCCUUGGUGUCAAUGAAGAUUCUUCAAACAAUAAGAUGUUUAAAAAAGAAACAAAUAGCAAAGAUAUGAUAGACAUUGAUCAAUACACUAAGGAUGCAUUAAAGUUUGCAACAAAAGAUAAAGAAAAUAUUGAUAUAUCUAAUGAGUCUCUAGAAAAUGAUAAAAAUAACCAAUUAAACGAAAUAAAAGACGUAGAUCACAGGGUUCUGCCUUUUUCAGAAGGUGAUUCAAGUAUUCGACGACCUAAUAUUGAAGGAAGCUUAAUUCACACUGAGGGUGACACAGACAUUAGAUUCUUGCAACCAGAACCAAUAUUUAAAAAUCCCGAAAAAAGUAAUCGACGAUCGACUACAGAUGACGAUGAAGAUAAUAAUUUGUUAAUUGAUGAAAAAUGGUAUUCAAGUGAUGAAGAAAAGGGAAAUAAAAAGAAGUCACCUAAUUUAUCACCUCAAAAAGGAUUGAUGUCUCCGCCACCUAAUGUACCUUCUGUUAUAGAAACAUCAGCUGUUUUAAGUAAACUUGGGGAUCUUUCAAAAAUCGAUAUUAGUGAAGAAGUUACAAAGUUAUUGAAUACGAUGAAAAAUAAUUUACAUGACACUAAAACAAGUACUUCUGAAAUUCCCGAACAAAACGUAUCAAGAGAUCCGCGAUCAAAGCGUUCCCCAUCUAAAACAAACGAAGUAAGCAAACCUGUUACCAAAAAACCGGCACGAGUGUCAAUUUACGAAUGUAUAGACGGCGAGCCAACAGAUGGUCGUAGAAGAACUGAUGUUGAUCUCCGACAGACUGACUAUAAAAUUCCAAAUUUCGGGGACAUAGAUUUAAGGCAGAACGUAAGUGGCGAUAUUGAUUUACGUUUAGGUUUACCCUUUAAACCAAUUCCUAAUUACACACCGGCAUCUGAAAUUAAUGGUUCCAUUAACAGCCAUCCACCAAUACCAUAUAAAUUAGUUUUAAUUCAUAUUCCCCGACCUGAUUACACUGACAUAAAAAAUAGUACUGCGAAAUCACAAGCACUGAGUGAUCCUAGACUAAGAAAAGUGUUUAGAUUGUCAGUUGAAGAGUCUACUAGUGAUAGUGAAAAGCCUUCUAAAGUUGUAAACACAGGGCCAAGAGUAGAUCCACGUAGAAAACCAAAAGAGUCAGUCGAAAACAUUAAUGAACAAAAGUCGAAUUCUUUAGAAUUGCAAACUAUUCUACAAAAUUCAAAUUGGUAUAAAGACCUGAGCUCUACGCAGAAAAUUUUUGUAAAUCAACAUUUGGCACCAGUUACUCAAAUGAUAAAACAUUAUCAACAAGAAAAAACACCUGGUAAAAAGUUUGAUCUAAGCUCUAUACAAGGCAAUACUGUUCUCUGUAAUAUUUUUACUAAUUUAGGAAUAUCAUUAGGAGAAAAUGGAGAGUUUGUUUAUUUGCCUAAGCCGAAAGAAGCUUUAUUAAAAACCCCUAUAAAUUUUAAUCAAAAUUCAAACCCAUUUGCUAUGAACAAUAACAUGCCAGGUGUCCCUAGCACUAUGGAAAGUAAUAUGAAUAUGAUGAACAUCCCACCAAUGGGAAUGGGAGGAAUGGGUGGUAUGAAUAAUAUGAACAAUAUGAAUAAUAUUAAUCAUAUGCAUGGUUUCAAUCAGUCUUUACCUGACCCUAGAGGUGGGCCCACACCCGGUCUCCUAGGUAUUGCACCAAAUAUACCUCACAAUUUUAAUAGUAAUAAAUUUGGAGGACCACACAAUUUCGGAAAUAUGGGGUAUAAUGGUCCUCCUGGCAAUGAAUUUAAUUAUAUGGAAGGUGAUCAAAAUUUCCAGCGAUUUCCAAACAGAGGAGGUCAUCGAGGUCGUGGUAAUGAUCGAUGGAAUCGCGGAGGUUCUGGAAGAGGUCAUAGAGAUAGAAAAAAUUUCAACGAAAGGGGAAAUUGGAAAAAUGAAAGGCAUUAAUUAAUUGUAAAUGUAAAUAAAUUAUGCAAGUAUCAUAUACCCUUCCACAUAUGACAGAAUGUGAUCAAGGUGAUAAUUAUUAUUAGUAACAUUAGACUUGUUAAGAUAGCUGUAGUCAUUUUUAUAAAUUAUUAUAUUAUAAUAUAAGAUUUACUGUACAAGGGUUUUAGUAAUGUAAAUAUUUAGUCUAUGAAGUAAAUCAAUUCAUUUUAAGUUUCUCGUUGUAAGAUUAAUAAUAUAUUAGUUAAUUAUGUUUAUUAAAAAUGAUUUUUAAGUUCAUUUUAAAAGUACUCAUUAUACGAGCCAAAUGUUUUAAGACUGAGUGCAGGUUUAUAAUUGAGUUUUUUUAACAAUAAUUUAUGUGUUAAUCCGUACCUAUCUAGAGCCAGAUUUCGCGAACAUGAAACAAAUUAUGAGAUAUUACUGUUAUCUCAAAGUUUGGCAAUAUUGUUUAAUUAUCAUUUUAGAUGACUUAAGUAUGUCCAGUAAUUCUAGUUAACUAAAAGCAAUAUACAUUACUACUACGAAUAUUGAAAAAAUUUUGUAAAGAAAAGCUAAUUAAAUAAUUAGAAGCCUUCCUUAUUUCUUUGUAAUGAUGAAGAUUUGUAUUUAUAAAAAUUCCACUGGACUUAAAUAAAUCUAUGUUUAUUA